AUGAAAGAGCUCGUACGGGUCUACCGUCGCAGCGUCUACUACGGACACGUCUCGUUUUGUUAAAAAAAUUUAUUCUGAAUCACAAGCACAGUGUUCGUACUAGAGUGCACAUAAAAUGAAAACAAAAACAAUCGGCCGCAUUGCCAUCGUCGUUUCUAUUCUGACGAUGGCGUACUACAUUUCCAACAAACUCCGUUCUGUGCCAUACAAUUCGCAAAAAAUCAAUCAAACCGGACAAUAUCAACCAUUUUACGGUUACACAAUUGUCGCAAUGAUUGAUCCAUCUCUAACAACGUUAGCUCAACGAAUCGAACAAUUUUUACGUACAUCCAGCCUAUCAGCCAGUUAUUCACCACUACCCGCUUCGACUUAUCACAUGACAAUCUACUCAAUCUAUCAAUGUGGCAAUCGAAUGAUUCCACCAAUCAAACGAUGGGCUGAUGCAACCGGUGUCAUACUAUCAUCAAGCCGUUGGCUUCCGGAUGAUGUAUUGCAAGACCAAAACGAUAAGGCAAUGUGCAUUAUCGGUAAGUACCUCGUUGAACCGUUACGUAUCAGGUACGCUCGUUUGACUAUUAACGAGCGAGGCAUAAAGUUGCUGCUGGAAGUGGACGAAAGGAGUAUGACGCUGAUUCGGAAUGCUCGCGAUCAAUUUGCAAAGAUUUACGAAAAUGACGACCUGUCAUUGGAACCAAUCGAUGAGAAACUUCACAUGGGGCUUGCGUAUGUUUAUGCGCCAGCCGGAAAGCAGCUGGACGUGAAUGAACGGAAAGAACUCAUGGAGUUGAUAGAAACCUUCAACGGCAAAACUUUUGUCGUACCAUCGGUCUAUGUCUUCGAUAGCAUGACCAAUUACAUUCCGUAUCGAAAGAGUCACAGAGUGACCGAAUGUUGAUCAGUCACAUUUCACCAUCUUCUAAUAAAUAAAAUUGCGCCUCUUCAUCUCGGUUUUAUUGUCUUCUGUCGAUUGCGUUUCUAACUCAACUUAGCGUGCUCGCAGACAGGCAGCCAUUUUUCACUGAUUUUGGCAUCUUUGAACAACCUAAAUUGAUUUGUAGUCAGAGAAAUGAUAACAGAUGGUGUUGCUUUGGCCCAGCCUGAUAGAAUUCAAGGCUGUAAACUUUGGAAAGGUCGAUAAGAAAAAUCCCUGAUGAUGACUGCGUGGCAGUCGAAACCCGGUUGGAAGUAGAUAGAUGUUAAGUGCAAUUUAAAUAAAAAUGUUUGUUUUC